CGACAACGUAAACGAUCCAGUCACAAAUCGCGCAUCGCAUCGCAGCGCCCCGCUUGGCUCGCUUGGUUCGCCUGUCUCCUCCGUGCGUGCGAUCCAUGUGCAAAUCGACAUUAACUAGCAGCUUAAUCGCUUUGGAUUACCCAUUGGAUAUAUCAUACUGACUUUGGACAGAAUCACUCGAUUUGGAUUACCCCGUAAAACUGAACCGACAUGUUGAGUGUUGAUUAUAAAAUGUUUGCCAUCAUUUUGGCAACGACAGCGGCGACACUUUGCAGCAGCUUCGGCAUCGGCCAGGCACAGUUGCUCGACGAGGACGAUGACUUGGCUUUCGGCAGGCCCUGGCCCACGUACAGUCUGCAGAAUAUGCCGAAGACGCAGUUCACCUGCCACGACAAGAUACUCGGCGGCUACUAUGCGGAUCCCGAGACCCAGUGCCAGAUGUUCCAUGUGUGCGUGAAGCUUCCCGGAAUCGGGGUGCAGGACUAUCGCUUCCUCUGCCCCAACACGACGGCCUUCGACCAGGAGCUGCAGAUCUGCGCCAACUGGGCGGACGUGGACUGUGACAAGGCCACCUCCUUCUACGACAAUAAUAACCUAAACGAUUUGUAUCGCGAUGGCGAUGGCAAGGGCGCCAACGAGGAGGAGGCCACCUUCCAUCUGCAGCGUGCCGAAACAGGCGAUGUCCGUCGAUCUAAGGAGAAUAGUCGCGGCGAGCAGAAGUCACGCCCGCGACACAAUUAUGCCAGCUCCAGCUCCAGCUCCAGUUCGAGUUCGAGUUCCAGUCCCAAUUUGGAGAUCACGCAAUCCACCAAGCGACCCAUUUCCAGCUAUUACACGCCGACAACAGCGAGCAGCAGCAGCAGCCCGACCACGAGCAGAAGCACCACCACCAGCACGACGGAGCGCAGCUAUUACAGCAACAACAACAACAACAACGAUGACUCAAAGCAAGACUUUGAUGAUAUCUUCAAGGGUUCCCAUAGCUCGCACUUCUUCUCGAACCGCCACGGCGGGCGCGAGUACGAUGAGGAAUCAUCGUCGUCGACGGGAGUGCGACCGAAGCCCAACGAUUUCAGCGAUUACAAUCGCAAGACCACGGAGGCGUCCAGCAAGUCGCGAGUCACGCCCACCCGGGGACAGCGCCCCACUGGCAGCAGCACCACCGCCGCUCCGACCACCAGCAGCAGCAGCACCAGCAGCAAGUCGCUGAAGAAGAUCACGCUGCAUGCCUCAUUCAACACGGACUUUCUGGACUAUUCGCCACAGAGCAGGACGACGACCACGCCCAGACCCAGCAGCAGCAUCACCAGCCGCUUCAGCUUCGGCGUGAACGACUACCAGACGCAGGAGCGCAUCCAGCCCACCACCUACAAUCCGAACAGUGGCGCCUAUCGCUUCAAGAGCACGCCGCCGCCGCCCAAGUACACGGAGCAGCCAUCGAGCUCCACCAAGCUGACGGGCAAGAAUGUGCAGGACUUCGACAAGGAGACCACCAAGCGGAACAAGCCCACGGUAGCGGCGGCACGCAAACAGAAGCUGGGACCCCAGGAGUCCAACUACAUAAACCACAACGAGUUCGUCGACGUGCCCAAAGGCCCAAGGGUGCAGCAGCCGCAACCCUUCCAGGCCACGCAGAACAAGCUGGAGCCGCACUAUCAGCGCCCCAAGCCGCAACAGUUGUCCCGAGUGGGCAGCCAGGAGCCGGCGCCCUUCAAGGCAUCCGCCAGCUCGGGGCCCAGUGCGAAGCCGCGCUCGUUUACCAGCCGCGGCAGCAUCACCUACAAGGCCACCACCGAACGGUAUCCGGAUGAUGAGCUGCACUUCCGCACCACGGCGGCCAGUGCCGGUGCCCAGUCAUCAGCUGCUGCUGCUGUGAAGAAGGUUACGCAUGCGCCCAAGGACACAUUCACGCCGACCACCUUCAAGCCCACAACCUACAAGAAGCCCUACGAGCAGAACUUCUAUCAGGCACAGCAGACACAGCGGCCCAGUCAGAGUACAACGAAGAAGGCAUCGACGGUGGCCGGAGCACUGCCCACCACAGCCAAUCCGUACUACAAUGUGGACGAGGAUGAUGGCCAGUACCAUCCGGAGCUGUAUGAGAACGAUUUCCCACGCAAUCGCUUCAAUUUCCUGCGCACCCGAUCCUCCAGCUCCAGCUCCACAAGAACAACCACUCCGAGUGCGCCGCCAUCCAGCAGGCAGCCGCAUGGCUUCCAGCAGGCACACAGCCAUCCGAGGAGCCAACAGCAGAGGGAGCGCGAGUCGGACCUCAGCGAUGAGGAAGAAGAGAUCUUCAAGACGGCCCAGUCGCUGAACUUUGGCGCUGCCAGCAUCAACAAGCUGCGGGCGGACAUCUACAAGGCGGAGAAGACGUCGCAGCAGUACAACUCUCAGUACAGUCCGCAGUUAGCGCCAUCUAGUCCGAAGACAACCGCCCAGACCACCAGCAGGCCGACGACUCACAGCAGCAGCAGCAGCAGCAGCACCGCCCAAUUGACCAGCACCACCUCGACCACCACAAGCACCACGACCAGGCGACCAAGCACAACGAAGACGACGACCACAACGAGCACAACAAGUGCACCCGUGGAGGCGAAGAAAUCGGCCAGGAGCAAAAAGGAGAAGCAGCUGGACAAGAAGGACAGGCCAGCCGGCAAGCGGCAGCGGCCACCGUAUGCGGACGAGGACACCAGCUACGACUAUGCCUACUACGACACGGACUGAGCGCUACAGCCGCUGCUCUGGUCUGGCCCCAGCACUCCAACUAACUAUUUACACAACUGUACCUUUAAAUCCAUUUUGCACUCACUGCCUUGACCAUUAACUACUAAACUAUUCAUAGCGUAAACGAUCCAUAUCCAUAUCCAUUCCUUUUUUCAGUCUCAUUUUUCUGUAUAGGUGCCACAGUAUUUUCAAGAUCACA